AUGCGCUGGCGCCCCCUCGCCGGCCUUCCGCGUAUCACUCCGCUGCCGCGACUGCUCCUCUCCUCUCCUAUCCCCUCGGCCGCUGCCUUGGCGUACGAUUUGACGGGCACGAAGGCGGCCCGCCGCCACUGGGGCCUAGACCGGGCCGGGAGCGGAGGGGGAGGACCGGGCGAGGGAGAGCAGGAGCGGGACUCGGUGGGAACUAUUUGCGCUGCGGCCGCCGUGCAGAACUCUCCAGAAGGGGGAGGGGGAGCGCGCGGAAGGAUACAGCGGCGUAAGGCGUGGGCGGUGCGCGGUACAAGCGCGCGGCGUGACGCAGCUUCUCGCGAGAGCGGCGCGCGGGAAGAAGCUGAAGGCUUCCGGGCAGCUGCAGUGAACCCGCUGGAGCCCUAUGACGAGGUCCUGCACUGUGAGCACAGCUCCAGCAAAAGGACAACUUCCCUCCAGCUGGGCAGCUCCCACACUGCCACCAGCCUGCGAGGUGCCCCCCGUGCCAGCAGGAGCCAACACGGUGCCAAGGCUCCCGGCUGGAGCACAGCAGGCAGUGACCAGCCAGCCCCAGCCGGCCAGCUGCAGACCCCUCCGAUGUCCCUGGCACUGCGGCAGCUGAGCCACCCCAGCACCACGCUGAUCCCCGAGGCCCGGGGCCGGCGGGCACAGGGUGCCAUGGUCCUGCUCCUGGCCCUCUGCGGCGCUGCCCUCUGCCUGGCUGGGCAGCCCCUGGUGCCCACCGCCCGCAGCCUCACCCUGCACAUCGCGGCCCUGCAGAUCGGGGCACUGCUGAGGGGCAUCUGCUGCCUGGCAGAGGAGAUCUUCCACCUGCAGUCCAGGCACCAGGGCAGCUUCUGGAGGGCGCUGGGUGCCUGCUUCCCGUGGCGCUGGCAUGGGCCCACGCUGCUCAUCUGUGCCUUAGCCUAUGUGGCACUUCUGGAUGGAGAGGGGCAGCUCCUCAGCCUGCACCUCGGCCUGGCCAGCCUGUGCCAGCUCCUCAGCCUUGCCCUGGGGCUCCACAAGCCCUCAGCAGUGGAGUUGUCAGAGAUGGCUGAGAGGUCCAAGCAGAACGUUGCCCAUGGCCUUGCCUGGUCUUACUACGUUGGGUACCUCAAGAUAGUCCUGCCACGGCUGAAAGAGACCAUGGAGGAAUUCAGCAGAGCCAACCCCACCGUGCUGCUACGGAGACAGGCCUGGAGGCUCCACAUCUUGGUGCCUCUGAGCUGUGAUAUCUUUGAUGACCUGGAGGAGGCUGACAGCAACAUCCAGUACCUGACAGACCUGACUGAGACCAUCCUGACCAAGGCUGGCAUCAAGAACAGGGUCUACAAACACAGCCUCUACGCCAUCAAGGAUGAAGACAACAAGCCCUGGCACUGUGUGGUGGAGUUUGCCAGCCCCCUGCAGUCCCUCUACGCCAUGUCCCAGGACGACUGCGCCGCCUUCAGCCAGGAGCAGCGGCUGGAGCAGGUCAAGCUCUUCUGCAGGAACUUGGAGGAGAUCCUGAGGGGCUCCAAGGAGUGCAGGGACACCUACAGGCUGAUUGUCUACCAGGAGCCAGGAGAGGCAGAGCCUCACUUCCUGUCCCGGGAGCUGCUCUGGCACCUGCGGCAGCAGUGUCAGGAGGAGUACAACCUCUGUGACCCCAGGGCCCCCCCCCUGCACCCCAGCCCGGCCCCCAGCCUGGAGCUCAACCUGCAGAUCAGCCACGAGGACCUGCCGCUGCCCCUGCGCAGUGACUGCUUCUGA